AUGCCUCAGAAACCAGGACAUCAUGGCAGUUUACGAACGGGUCCCAGUACUAAACAUAAAAAGAUGGCAGCUGGAAGUAGCGGACUAAAUGUUUCGCUGAAUGGUAGCUUUAACCUCAGCUCGAGUUUAAUUUCGUCAGAUUUUCCGUGGCAUGAUGAGAAAAAAUCUGGUGGUCGUAAAAGAAUUGGUAGUUCUAAGCGAAGAGCACCUUUAUCAACUGCAGAUGGAGGCCCACCAACAGGAUUUGCAACUUUAAUGGAGAUAGACGGGGUUGACCCCGACGAGGAACUUCAACAGCAACUAAAAGACCCAUUGCAAGAAAUCAGUCGACAGCGCCUACGAGCGAUUAGAAUCAACUUUCGUCGCCUGGGUGGUAACGUCGAAAACCGCAUAACUGGUAAAGAGUUAUGGAGCGUGUUUAUGGAACACAACAUAAAAGUCUCCGGGAGAGUUUUUCAACUGAUUUUAAAUAAAUACGAAGAUCAGUUUGGAGUGGACUAUGAAAAGCUGUGGAAAUUUAUGGUGGAAGCACAAAAAUUAACAGGCCGUGACAGCGUGCAAGCCACAAACCGACUUAAUAAUAGUUUCAGUCAUUUACAUUCUUCAUCGUUAUCCGAAUAUGACGGUGAAGAUAUGAACAUGUUGGUCAGAUUACAUCGAGCCCUGCAGAAUAGCUCCGAGUUUGAACUGGAUGACCUUAGGAUGAAAAAAAUUUGUGAAGAAUUUCAUUUACCAGUACAUGGUGGGUUACUAAAUAGUUUACUGAACAGAUGUGAUGAUGAGAAGAAUGGACAAAUAAGUUGGCCAGAGUUCAUGACCUUUUUGGAAAGGGCCGAAAUGAUAAUGUUAGAUCCAGCGACUGGGAAGCCGGAAAUGAUUCAUGCACCGGUGCGUCCAAUCAGUGGAAGGCUACGACCGAAGUCGAGCAGGAUCCGGGGCACUGAGAUUAAAGAGGAGGUUGCGGUGAAUCCAAGUACUACAAAUGCUGCAACUACUUCCAGCUCAGGAAAUGCUGGGGGUAAUGCAACACCAACAGCCAAUAGAAAGUCACGAUUUGACUUCACAAUCGGAUCAGAAGGCACAGGCUCCUUAGCUGAUAAAGAAAAAGUGGAAUCUCCACGUGAAAAGAAAGCUCAUGCCACCUCACUAGACAAAAAAGCACUGGAUUCGCCAAGAGAAAAGACAGUGCAAGAAACGAAAAAGGAAAUUACUAGCACUGCACCUCGUAAGGAAACUGAAUCUAAAGAAAAAAAAGUGACAGAUUCGAAAAUUCCGGAGUCGCCGAGGGAGAAGGAGUCUGAUAGAACUGAAGAGAAAAAAAGUGGUACGGCUGUUAAUAGGAAACAAGGCAUCGCGAUUGCUGUGCCUGUUGAAACAAUGCACAGCGAUGAAGGAAUGAAAAUAAUAGACAAAACGUCAGCCGCUGAAAAGACGGUCGUCAAGGAAAGUCCUCCAAUAAAUGUUCCAGUCGUUGCAGCAGCAAACACGCCAGUAAGCAACAUGGAUACGAAAAUAAAAACUGAAAGUUCCAUGAAACUGACAACCGCUGCUGAAAUACACACAGCCGAUGACAUGGUUGAGCCAAUUGUUGUACCUGCUCAUUCUGUGGACGCAAACAAAAAAAGCGAGGCAUCUGGUUUGAUUGACGCAACUCCAAAAAUUGACGCACCAGUGAAAGAUAAGAACGUGAAAAGUGAAUCAAAGAUUGAUAACGAGAAUACGAAAAAAAACGAGUCCGAAAAUGUUAAUAACAAAAAUGGCAGAGAUUCCCCACGAGAUGAUAUUUCCGUUAAAACAUCAUCCAGACAAUCAUCAGCGAAACGAUCCUCUCAGACAAAAAAAGAAACAGACGUAGGAACGAACAAACCAAGCAAUAAACUGGAUAAAAAACCAACUGCAAAAGGCAAGCCGCGUCCAUUCACCGGAACAUCCAUACAGAGUAAUAAAAGUCAAAAGAAAAAUGGAUCAGUUGCUAAUUUAUCAAAAGAUGACAAAAAUAAAAAAGGUGGCGGUAAUCGAACACCUAAGAAUUCGACGAGCACCAACGCUGCAUCUACUGAACACUCUAAAGGUAAAGUUCACGGUGCUAACAGUGGUGAGACGAUGUCUGUGUCUACUACAUACAGCAUUCAAACUUCAGACAGCCACACAGUCAAUGAAAAUAAUCUGAAUAAAAAUACUAAAGUUGAUAAUAAAGUUGAGAAUACUGGAAUGAAGAAGAAUAUAUCCAGCAGUAGCCUAGCUUCGUCUACUUCCAUGCCAGACGGAGCUAUUAAUUCUAAUAACUCAGCUUAUGAACAUGAUCUUGGUUCCUCCCACUCGUCCGAGUUACUCAAACCGCUACUCGUCCCAGACGUGAACGAGAAUUCACAGAGUGACGCUAAAGAUGGCAGCGAAUCAUUGCUUUUUAAGAAGAGUGCGGGCAGUGUCAAGAAUACGGGCGGAUUCCUGAACUCGGUGAAGAAUCUGUUCGGUGGAAACAAGAACAAAGAAGCCAAUCAAGAAAUGAUUCCCAUCGUAACUGUCAAUUCGCCGGAACCGAGUUCUGAAUCCGAUCAAGCACCUCCACCACCAGGGGGCGCUAUCAAUGAAGUAUCUGUGCGGGGCCGUGACAUGAAAUACUACGUACCAGACGUUUACUACAGCAAGAACAUCAGCCCGUACUCACCGAAAGAAAAACUGGAACUAGAUUGGAUUUAUGGUUACCGUGGCAAUGACUGCAGAUGUAACAUAUAUGUUUUAUCUAGCGGUGAAGUUGUUUAUUUUGUGGCUACGUUUGUUGUUAUUUACAAUGUUCAGACACGCAAACAACGUUACUACAAAGAACACACUGCUGAUAUAAGAAGUAUUGCUAUACAUCCUAACAAGGUUACCUUGGCAACGGGACAGUCAGCUCAGGAUAAAGUUGAUGCGCAUAUCCGUAUAUGGCAAUCUGACACGCUACAAACGAUACAAAUCUUAGGAGUAGGUUUAAUACAGAAUGCCGUCAUGUGUCUUGCGUUCUCACAAUUUCAGAGCCACACAAUGUUUGUAUGGGAUAUCAAUGUAGGCAAGCAGAUUACACAGACAUCGGUCUACACAGAUGCAAUAUGUCAAGUGGCAUUUCAUCCUAAAAACCCCAAUGUUCUGGUAACCGUGGGAAAAGAGCAUCAGGUCUGGUGGGAGAUAAAGACGGAGAAUGGAAAGACAGCGAUUGAAGAAAUGAUGAAAGCGGAUUUUGAGGACAAAUGGAUGAGAGCAAAGUAUGUGAUCUGUUUGAUGUUUAAAAGUAAUGGUGAUCUGAUUACAGGGGAUUCUAAUGGUACUAUUUAUGUAUGGCACGACGGUGGUAAUACCAUAUCACAGGCAAUCAAACAUGCACACGAUGGUCCCGUUUUCUCGCUAUUGAUGAUUCGUAACCAUUUAGUGUCCGGCGGAAGAGACGGAUUAAUACUGUCGUGGACGUGGGGUAAAAGUUUUGACCAAUCAGGCAGCAUGCAGCUUCCAAAGUCAGAAGGUGGUAUUCGUAUGCUCUGUAACUGUAAAGAAUUUUUAUUUAUCGGUUCCACGUUGAAUUGUAUCUUGACGUGCAAUAUCGCCUUGACUGGCGCACCGCUAAUGGGUAUCAGUAGUUUACAUAAAAAGCCAAUGACACAGGGUCAUUACGACGAUGUACGUGCAUUGACGACCUACCCGAAUAACUCACAGCAAGGGCUGUUCGUCACCGCAGGAUACGAUGGAAUAAUUUCCAUGUACGAUGCCCAUAAUCACGAGACCGUCUGGAAAUACAACGUGAAAGGAAUCAACAUUCUGUGUUUCGAUAUCCACCACGCUGGAAAGAUGUUAGCGCUUGGAAUACGAGACGCCAGUUUAUGUAUUGUGGAUAUUCGUGGUGGACAUGAGGUCAAUGAACUCUGUAAAGUCAAGGUGUCCAAGGAGAGAAUCACCUGUGUCAAGUUCUCACCAGAUGGAACAUGCUUAGCGGUGGGAUGUCUUGAUAGAGUGAUUUACAUAUUACGGUUGGAAAAUAGAGGAAAGAAAUGUGAAACUAUCGGCAAAUGCAAAGGACAUGCAAGCGCUAUCAGUGGUAUUGACUGGUCAGUGGAUAAACCAUUUGGAAAUUAUAUCUUACAGAGCAGUGGUAUUGACUAUGAACAUGCCUAUUGGGAUGGUGGUAGCUGUGAAAAGAUUGAGAAUCCUUCUGAAGUACGGAACGUCGAGUGGGUCUCGCAUAAUUGCCGAGUCGGUUAUCCCGUUAUAGGUGUAUGGGGUGAGAGUUCAAAUGGUAAUCAAAUACAUGCUCUUGAUAGGUCUUACAACCAUAAACUGCUUGCCACUGUCAAUGACAAUAAAGAAAUUAUGUUGUAUAACUACCCAUGUUGCAGUCCUGUGACACUUUUAGUGAAAGGCGAAUUUAAUGUUGCAGAAAGCAAUGUCGUCGGCAUGGCCAUCAUCAUAAGAGGAGAUGAAGAUGCGGUUUCUAUGGUAACUGAUGGUUCUAUAGACGUCUGGGAAAAGAUCUAG